GAAUUAAAGGUCUUCUAGAGAGAGAGAAAGAGAAAGAGAGGAACAUGGCUCCUUGGUUUCGGGCAUUGUUACUGGGAGCUUUUUUAUUUCCAGCAUUGGUUGAGUCCUUGGUUCGUCACUAUAAGUUCAGUGUGGUCUCGAAGAACAUUACAAAACUAUGUGCAACAAAAUCCAUUGUCACUGUCGAUGGGCAAUUCCCUGGGCCAACUCUGUAUGCAAGAGAAGAUGAUACCGUGAUAGUAAGGGUCACCAACCAUGUUACAGACAACGUCACAAUCCACUGGCACGGUGUAAGGCAGUUUCUAACCGGUUGGUCAGAUGGGCCUGCAUAUAUCACACAAUGCCCUAUACAGCCAGGGCAGAGCUAUAUUUACAACUUUACACUCACUGGCCAAAGAGGCACACUUCUUUGGCAUGCACAUAUCUCCUGGCUAAGGGCCACAAUACAUGGUGCUAUUGUUAUCUUGCCCAAGAGAGGGAUUCCUUACCCAUUUCCCAAGCCUGAUAAGGAAAAAAUCAUCAUUCUAGCCGAAUGGUGGAAAGCGGACGUUGAAGCUGUGAUCAAUCAAGCUACCCAAUCUGGUCUUCCACCAAAUGUAUCAGAUACACACACCAUUAAUGGUCAUCCAGGACCCGUUCCUGGUUGCUCUUCUCAGGGUUACACUUUACAUGUUGAAAGUGGUAAGACCUAUUUACUACGAAUCAUCAAUGCAGCAGUGAAUGACGAGCUCUUCUUCAAAAUUGCUGGUCACAAUCUAACAAUUGUUGAAGUCGAUGCCUCCUAUGUCAAGCCCUUCCAAAUUGACACAAUAUUCAUCAGUCCUGGCCAAACCACAAAUGCCCUUCUAACUGCUAAUCAGGGUAUUGGCAAGUACAUAAUAACACUCUCACCUUUCAUGGAUGCACCUGUUGGCCUUGACAACUUGACCAAUUAUGCCACAUUGCGCUACAAAGGCACCCCUACUAAUCCCCCAACCAUCUUAACCAGUGUUCCUGCUCAAAAUGCUACUCCAAUAACAUAUUCUUUCAUUGACUCACUUCGAAGCCUUAAUUCGCCACAAUACCCCACAAAAGUCCCAUUAACCAUAGACCAUUCUCUCUUUUUCACCAUGGGGGUUGGUGUUAACCCAUGUGACACAUGUGUCAAUGGAAGCAAGCUCGUGGGAGAUAUUAAUAAUGUUAGCUUUGUGAUGCCAACAAUAGGUCUCCUUCAAGCAUAUCACUAUGACAUAUCAGGAGUUUACACAGUUGAUUUUCCAGCAAACCCCCCAAUACCUUUUAACUAUACUGGUAACUCAACAUCUAAUCUCCAGACCAAUAAUGGCACAAGACUAUAUAGGUUGUCAUUCAAUUCAACAGUCCAGAUUGUGCUUCAAGACACUGCUGUAAUAGCACCAGAGAACCAUCCAACCCAUUUGCAUGGGUUUAAUUUCUUUGUGGUUGGGAAGGGAUUAGGGAAUUUUGAUAAAAAUAAGGAUCCUCAGAAGUUCAAUCUUGUUGAUCCCGUUGAGAGGAACACAGUUGCAGUACCAACUGGUGGAUGGGUUGCAGUCAGAUUCAAGGCAGAUAAUCCAGGUGUUUGGCUCUUGCAUUGCCAUUUGGAAGUACACACAACGUGGGGACUAAAGAUGGCAUUCAUAGUAGAAAAUGGGAUGGGCCCGAAUGAGACUCUACCACCACCUCCAAGUGACCUUCCCAGGUGCUAGAAUACUCAAGUUUUUACAUCAAUGCUUGAGACUUGACAUCGGAAGAGAGGGCCAAGUAAAUGUAUAAAUCAGCCAAAGAUGCACAAAAACCUUUACAUAACCAAUAAACAACAAAGAAAUGGCUGGGUUGUUUUUGGGAGGGGAAAGAGAGGAACCGCCCAAAGAGAGUGAAUAAGAAUAGUCAUGCUGUACAAUUUCAGUUUCCUUUUUUGUUUUUACUCUUUUCCUUGUGGUUUGUAAUUAAUUAAUUACACUUUGAGUGCAUAGAGUGUAUGUGCUUGGUAGAGUUUAGAAAGAUCUUUCAUGGUGAUUAAUCUCAUGUUUUAAUUGUUUGGUACAUAAAUUAAUUCCAUGUUUAAAUUUCAAA